AUGCCUCACUAUUCGGAAAAGAGUAUAUUCCCCAUGCAAGGCGGCUGCCCAUGCGGCUACGUUCGCUACCAAGUCAACCAGGCGCCGCUGCUGGUUCACUGCUGCCAUUGCACCUCUUGCCAGCGUGAGCUCGGCACCGCCUUCGCCAUCAACGCCAUCAUCGAAUCGGACCAGCUCGAGCUUCUCCCGCCUGCCCAGCCUACUAUCCCCGGAACCAAGGGCGCACCGGGGGGCGCAUUGGCUGGUUUCAACGCGACGUUUGCACGACUGACUUUCUCUGACACCACUUGCGGACCCGUUGUCCUAAAGACUGAGAAUGCCGAGCCACAGGCCACCGCCAACGCAAACGCCAACAGAGACAUGGAAACCAGCACGGUCGAACUCGUUACUCUCCCGACUGAGUCAAGCGUCGGGAUGACAGUCGCGCAGUGUUCCGCCUGCCACUCUGGCCUCUGGGCUCACUACGCCGAUGCUGGUCCUCACACGACGUAUCUUCGGGCUGGGACCCUCGAUGCCGCCCACGAGAUUAAUCCCGAUGUUCACAUUUUCACGCGCUCCAAGAGGGGUUUUAUUAGUCUGGCGGAUGGCAAGCCUCAGUUUGAGUCGUAUUACAAGGAGAGGGCUGGUUUUAUCCGUGACGACUGCAAGGCCCGGUAUGCUGCGUUGGAGGAGAAGACGGGUACAUACAUGGCGGAGUUGAGGGCCGCGUUGGGCAAGUAG